CUUGAAUCUGCUGCAGCCGUAGUGGGCGGUGAGUGUGAGACGGUGAGCAGUUUGAACCGCAGCCGUGUUGAGGCGGAAACAUUGAAAUUGGUCAAAUUGUUUAUAGGCAGAGUGAAAUUAAACGGCGUGAUUUAUCCACAAACAUUGUGUCUUCUGUGCGGACGCCGGAGCUAAAGUGCGGGGGACGGCAGCUUCUCUGUUUGCCGACUCUGGAUACGUAAAGCCGGUGUCGCGCAAAGUGAAUCGCUCCCUCCUACUGAGCUAACAGCUAGCUAGCCGCCGAGCUAACGUUACAGCUAGCCGGAACACGGAGCCAGCUAAUCCCCAACACAAAGGACCGUGUUUGUCAUAUCCAUCCCGAAUCACCCCGUUGAAUGAGGACUGAGCCUCCUGUGCAGGUUGAUCAUGGUGCUGACAGGGAAGCGCUCGGAGAAAGGUCCUGCCUGCUGGAAGAGGAGGGUGAAGUCUGAGUACAUGCGGCUUCGGCAGCUCAAACGCUUCAGACGGGCUGAUGAAGUCAAGAGCAUGUUCAACACCAACCGUCAGAAAAUCAACGACCGGACGGACAUUCUGAACCAGGAGUGGAGGACCAGGCGAAUCCAGCCAGUUCACAUCAUGACGUCCGUCGGCUCUCUGAGAGGAACCCGAGAGUGUACGGUGGACAGCGGCUUCUCGGAGUUCCCCCGGCAGGUCAUCCCGCUGAAGACCCUCAACGCCGUGGCCUCAGUCCCGGUCAUGUACUCGUGGUCACCUCUGCAGCAGAACUUCAUGGUGGAGGAUGAGACGGUGCUCCAUAACAUCCCCUACAUGGGAGACGAGAUCCUGGACCAGGACGGUACUUUCAUAGAAGAGCUGAUCAAGAACUAUGACGGCAAAGUCCACGGAGACAGAGAGUGCGGCUUCAUCAACGACGAGAUAUUCGUGGAGCUGGUCAGCGCUCUGUCUCAGUACAGUGACAAUGAGGAUGAUGAGGAGGAGGAAGAGCAGGACUUCAAGGUAGACAAGAUGGAGUUGUGUGAAAGCAAAGAGCAUCCAGAGGACGCCCGCAAGGAUGGACUCGUCAACAAUGAGAGCCGAACCAGCAGCGACAGCACCAAGAAGUUUCCCUCCGACAAGAUCUUUGAAGCCAUCUCCUCCAUGUUCCCCGACAAGGGCUCCACAGAGGAGCUCAAAGAGAAGUACAAGGAGCUGACGGAGCAGCAGCUGCCCGGCGCUCUGCCCCCAGAAUGCACCCCGAACAUCGACGGACCGAACGCUCGCUCCGUGCAGCGCGAGCAGAGCCUGCACUCGUUCCACACACUGUUCUGCAGACGCUGCUUCAAAUACGACUGCUUCCUCCACCCUUUUCAUGCUACUCCAAACACCUACAAGCGCAAGAACCUGGAGAACCUGGUGGACAGUAAACCCUGCGGCAUUGACUGCUACAUGUACCUGGUACAGGACGGGAUGGUGACGGAGUUCCCAGGAGGCGGGGUCCCAGAACGGGUGAAGACGCCCUCCAAGCGCACGGCGGGCCGCCGCCGAGGACGGCUGCCAAACAGCAACAGCCGACCCAGCACCCCGACCGUCUCCUCAGAAACCAAAGACACGGACAGCGACCGCGAGGGCAGCAAAGAAGACGAGCGAGAGAACGACAAAGACGACGAGGACAAGAAGGACGACAACACCAGCAGCUCCGAGGGAAACUCUCGGUGUCAGACUCCAGUGAAGAUGAAGCUGACCGGCGAGGCUGAAGCGGUGGACUGGAGCGGGGCUGAAGCCUCUCUGUUCAGGGUUCUCAUCGGGACGUAUUACGACAACUUCUGCGCCAUCGCCCGGCUCAUCGGCACCAAGACCUGCAGACAGGUUUACGAGUUCAGGGUGAAGGAGUCGAGCAUCAUCGCUCGGGCUCCGACUGAAGACGAGGACACGCCGCCCAGGAAGAAGAAGAGGAAACACAGACUGUGGGCCACUCACUGCAGGAAGAUCCAGCUGAAGAAAGACGGCUCGUCCAACCACGUCUAUAACUACCAGCCGUGUGAUCACCCGCGGCAGCCCUGCGACUCCUCCUGUCCCUGCGUCACCGCUCAGAACUUCUGCGAGAAGUUCUGCCAGUGCAGCUCUGAGUGUCAGAACCGUUUCCCAGGUUGUCGGUGCAAAGCUCAGUGCAACACCAAGCAGUGUCCGUGCUACCUGGCAGUCAGGGAGUGUGACCCCGACCUCUGCCUCACCUGCGGCGCUGCAGACCACUGGGACAGCAAGAACGUGUCCUGCAAGAACUGCUCCAUCCAGAGAGGAGCCAAGAAGCACCUGCUGCUGGCCCCAUCAGACGUGGCAGGUUGGGGGAUCUUCAUCAAAGAGCCGGUCCAGAAGAACGAGUUCAUCUCUGAGUACUGUGGAGAGAUCAUCUCUCAGGAUGAAGCCGAUCGCAGAGGGAAAGUCUACGACAAAUACAUGUGCAGCUUCCUCUUCAACCUCAACAACGACUUCGUUGUUGAUGCCACGAGGAAAGGCAACAAGAUCCGCUUUGCAAACCAUUCAGUGAAUCCUAACUGCUAUGCAAAAGUGAUGAUGGUGAACGGAGAUCACAGAAUAGGAAUCUUUGCUAAGAGAGCCAUCCAGACCGGAGAGGAGCUCUUCUUUGACUACAGGUACAGCCAGGCUGACGCUCUGAAGUACGUCGGGAUCGAGCGGGAGCUGGAGAUCGCCUGACUCGGACUUCUACCUCCCGUGGAUCAACGACACAAAGGCCUUUACACUCAAACACAAACACACGUUCACUUCAGGAAAUCGAGACGACUCGUCAAAAUGUUAGAAAGCUUCAGGAAAACUGGGAAUAUUUGAAGCCGAAUUUUGAUGCUGUUUUUUCUUCUUUCUUUCUCUUUUUUUUGCCACCUUGGUCUUUUUUAAAAUGUGUAAUUUUUCUUCUGUCGACAAAAAAAGAAAAUCUUCCUCUUCUGUCGAGGCGGGAGUCUCGGAUUCGUGAAUCUUCCUCAGCUGAAGGUGCAGAUCAGCGACACACUGACUUUCUAAAGUGUUUUUGUUUUUCCCGGUGAGGUGAGAGGAGACGAACCCACCGCUUGUCUGCUUUUUCGAUUCGAGCUUCAGGGACCAAAAUCCUCCACCAGCCGCUCUCUGGACUGUGUACUGUGUACUGUGUGCCACAUGUGGCUCAGGUGUCAUGUUGUGUGUUUUUUCUACAGUGUGAACUAAACCAGCCACACACUCCUCCGAGUGCCACAUCACUGUCUGUCUGUAAAACACGAGGCCGCUCACGAAGCAGCGUCACCAGACUCGACUCAAUCUGCUACGAAUUUCAGUGUUUAGAGCGACAGCGUCUCUUAGAGCCGCUGAGCGGAUCCUCACUUCAGUUUAUCUGCAACUGAAAAUGCAGAAUACUUUCCAGAUUCUCUAAUGUGAGUGUUUUCUAUUUUUUUGGCCUGAUAUUGUCAUGAAUUUAAUAUUUUUAGGUUUUGAACUGUUGAUCGACAAUAACAAUCGUUUGAAACAUUAUUGGAUGUUUGUUUGUUCUGGUGCUUUCUUUCUUUGAGUUCAACAUAUUUCAUUUUUCGAAACAGAAUUUAAAACUUUUAACCAAAUUAUUAUAAAUCAUAAGUGUCCGACAGCUUCAGACGGUUCUGGUUCUGUCCGAUUGACAAUCGAAUCAAAAAAUAAUCAGUGAAAAUGGCGAAAAAUGGAAAAUUCUCACAUUUUAGAGGCUGGAAUGAAUCAAAAGAUCUAAAAAGUUCACUGAAUAUUAAAUGUGUUGCUUUUAAUUUAGGGUGAAAAAAAUAAUGUAGAAAAGAGUUCCAGUCAGGCUUUUAUUUUGAAAACCUUAUGAUGCCUUCAGGGCCUACAGGAAUAAUCUCCGUUAUUGUUUUUAGUCCAGGUGACAUCACCUCCCGCCACUAAAAACACCAGCAGACGAGUCAUCAGGCGGGUCAACUUGCAUCUUCUAAACGCUGCUGACGGACACGAGCCGCCAUGUUUGUUUUGGGCGCUGACGCUGCUUCGUGAUGCCGCCUCAGCUUCAGGUGCUAACGUGAACACACUGAACAUCACUACAUCCUCACUGCAGGAAACUCAGCCGGCAGACGACGAACACUCAACAUUUCAGUCCGGCUGACGUUUCAUCUCCGUGUCGUGAUCUCCCGUCGCUCUCCUGACUGAGCAGCGCUGCUUUUACCAAACUCCACCUGAACCCCCCGUCGAUACUGACGGAGGUUCUGACUCAUGUUCUCCUGACGCUCCGCCGCCUGCUGAAGGUUUCCGAGCAGCACUGUGCUCCACUCACACUCACACAGAUCCACGUUGUUAACCAUCAGCUGGUGCAGAGCUUCAGUCUGUACGGAGCUGAAACUUGAAAGAGUGUUUCUUGUCGGGCUGCAACAAACGUUUCGUCCUGAUUUAAUUUCUCUCUCUCAAAGUUUUACAGCCUUCAAAUGUCUCAUUUUGUCCCAACAGUCCAAAAGUAGAAGAGAUUAAAUUUAAAACUCGGAUGUUCCUCUGCUCAGGGCCCAGCAGGUCCCUUUAGUUUACUCAGCCCAAACAUUUAAAUCUGGAAGGUCAAGCCCCGAGAUCCCACGCAGAAGAUUCUGGUUAUAACAAGGUGUAAAUAUGGUGUGUUCAGGGAAGUCGGGAUCUUGGAGACGUGGAUCACAGUCGACAGAUCGCCGUCCUCGUCUUCUGUAGAAAACGUUGUAUCUUGAAUGCGUCGACGAACAGACCCGAGUGCGAGUCGAGCACAGUGAGAGCGCGAAGGGAAACUCCAGACCGUGAACUAGUCGCGAGGCGUUUGUUGGACCUGCAGCGUCCCGCUCUCUGCCGUGCCUUCAGUCCAGUCCCGUCUGAUUAGUCACUUCCUGCAUGAUGAAGAAGUUUUGGGUCCUCGUCUGUCUGGUGCUCCUUCAGAGGACCUCGCACUGCCUCGUCCACGUGAUGUCCAAUCAGUAUCAUAUAAUCUUGAUGGUUUCCAGAGUUCCUCUUGUUAAAUAAGCCUUUUAAUAACGUACCAACAAUCACUUUGACUCUUUUUAUCUUUUCUGAUGUGAAUUCUGGUGCUGUUGGCCCGACGUCUGACCGACUUGAAGCAAUACCAGCCUCUGUAUUUAGAUUUUCACCCUCCUGCUGAGGAGAUGUUCCUGUUUGAGCUCCACUUUCUUACCUUACACCUGUAAUUUAUUAGACGGACGUCUCGUGCUGCUGCGCCGUCUGGUCGAUGGGUUAAAGACUUCAGGGUCUCCUGGUGCUUCACUCGUGGAGUCCUUACGCGUCCUCAGCUCAGCUCUGGGAAGUUUCCAGGGUGGAGACGAGAUUUUCAAUAUGAUUUAGUCAAAUUUGUGUGCAUGAAAAUAGCAAAUAUGAUGUUCUGAACACAAUCUGGUGAAUAUCUGAAAGAACGCUGCAACUGAUGAUCAAUCGAUUAAUCAUUUAAAAGAUUGCUAAUUGCUUUUCUGUCCAAGUCCACAGACCUCACCGUCAUGAAGGACAAAGAAGAGCAGCAAAUCCUCACGUUUUAAGAACCAGGAUAGUUUUGAUUGAAAAGUAACUGACUCGAUCGAUCAGUCGGUUGUUUGUUCGCUGCAGCUCUGAUCUCAAACACAAAUGUAGAAACUCUUUUUGUUUAAGAUCACAAACAUUUAACUGCUGAUUUUUGAGCCUCCUCGUGCAAAGACAUCGUAUGAAGCAGCGACUCUGAACUGACAGACGAACUCUCCAGCAGCUGUUUUUAUUGAUUAACUGACGUGUCGAUCGGUGAAAUCGGCUCCUGUGAAGAUUCACUGAUGUUUAAAACUCAGACGUGACUUCAGCUGCGACGAUUCAGAACCAGCAACUCGUCAAAAGUCACGUUCAUGUGAAUUCAAUCUGUGGACGAUCGUUUCUGCCAGAAAACAGAUGAAAACUAAACCUUGAUAGUAAAAAGUUCCUGCUGUAAAUCAGUUCAGCACUUUGACACAGGAAGUCAAUAAAUCAAGACAUAAAGGCAAAAUAACGAGACAGAAGAUUAUUAUUAAUAAAAAGGUUCUUAAUCUGAGAAAUCGAAAUUAGGAAAUGAAAAGUCCAAAAAAUUGUCAUUGAGCUCAAAAGUUUAAGUUGAUGAUCAUGAGAAGAAGCUCUCGUCUCCUGAAUUUAUGAAAUGAAAAUUCACAAUAAUGAGUUAAAAUAAAUGUUUCUAAAUAAUUUCAUCACGUUUUCCUGACGAGACGUUAUUUAUAUCCUUCAUUUCUUGUUUCUGGCACUGAAGACUUCCACAGAGAUCAGCAGCUCGACCCGUCAGCUGUCUGAACAGUUAAAGUGAAACAGAUUCAUGAUUUGAGUCUUUGAGUCAGAAACACUCGAGCAGCGUCUGAGCCGGGAGUUAUUUAUCGUUUCAGACGUCCGCCUGCGUUAACUCUUCACUCCUCUUCUCCUCAAACCAGGACCACUUUGUUCCUCCGAUGACAACAGGUGCUGAUUUUGUAAUGUUUACAGGGAUUUUGUUGUUCAAAGUGAUGCAGAUUAAAAUAUUAUAAAUGGUU